AUGGGCGGCUUCGACGGCGCAUCCGACGCCGCGCACAGCAACGGCUACCACCACCACCACCAGCAGACCCCGUCGCUCGACAACAGCCUCUCCGGCAGCGUCAGGCACGACGAAGACUCGCCCAGCCGGCAGACACCGCCCGUCGCAGGCCCCUCGUCGCUCUCGAGACCGGCCAGCGGCCUGUCAAACCCGGCGCCUGCGUCGUACAACGACUACCGGCCCAAUUCUGGCGACCAGGCCAACGGACGCAACCACGUGGUCAUCAAAGUCGGCAUGGUGGGCGAUGCGCAGAUUGGCAAGACGUCGCUCAUGGUCAAGUACGUCGAGGGCAGCUGGGACGAGGACUAUAUCCAGACGCUGGGCGUCAACUUUAUGGAGAAGACCAUUUCCAUCCGCAACACCGAAAUCACCUUUUCCAUCUGGGACCUGGGCGGCCAGCGCGAGUUUGUCAACAUGCUGCCGCUGGUCUGCAACGACGCCGUCGCCAUCCUCUUCAUGUUCGACCUGACACGCAAGAGCACGCUCAACAGCAUCAAGGAGUGGUAUCGCCAGGGUCGCGGAUUCAACAAGACGGCUAUCCCCGUCUUGGUCGGCACCAAGUACGACCACUUUGUCAACUUUCCCAUCCAGGACCAGGAGGAAAUUUCUAAUCAGGCGAGACGGUUUGCCAAAGCUAUGCGCGCGUCAUUGAUCUUCUCAAGUACAAGCCACAGCAUCAACGUACAAAAGAUUUUCAAAAUUGUUCUUUCCAAAGCAUUUGAUCUCAAAUGCACCAUUCCCGAAAUCGAAAAUGUUGGCGAGCCUUUAUUAUUAUAUCAGUCUGUCUGA